AGCGCACCGAUCAUCUUAAGUUAGUCUCAUUUGCCGAGUCGUCGAGAGCGGCGAAUUGGUCCGACGAUCGGCGGACAGCGGGUGACCUUCGACGCCACCGACCAGUAUAUGAGAGACGCACAAUUUACAUUUGCAUGCAUAAAUAAUACAGCAGCUGAAGAUCAAGAAAAAUAAUGUUACGAGCAACUCGUUUGAAGUGGGCUAAGUCGGUCCUAGCAAGGCAGAACAAGAAUUGCCUUGUGAGGUCGAUAGCGACAGUCCCAGAGAGUCACCAAGAACCCAUUGAGACGCCUACAGUGCCAGAGACUGCUGAUGUAGUUAUUAUUGGUGGUGGUUCAGCAGGAUGCAACACGCUGUACCAACUAGCGCGGCGUGGUGUGCGAGCCGUGCUGUUGGAAAAGUCGCGACUUACUGCCGGCACCACAUGGCACACUGCCGGCCUGAUUUGGCGCUUGCGACCCAACGACGUUGAAAUCCAACUUUUGGCCACCACGAGGGACCUACUGAUGAGACUUGAGUCCGAGACCGGUGUCGACCCUGGCUGGAUUAACAACGGCGGCCUUUUCAUCGCCCAUUCUAAAGAGCGUCUGGACGAGUACCGGCGGUUGGCAACGGCGGGCAGGUAUUUUGGAAUUGAGUCGCAAAUGCUGAGUGCCGCCGAGACCAGUCAGCUCUUCCCUCUGAUCGACGAAAAGGCCCUUUAUGGUGCUCUGUACAGCCCCGGGGACGGCACCGUCGACCCAACAGGCAUGUGCGCCGCCCUAACAAAGGCGGCAAGCCGCGCCGGAGGCAGGGUUAUAGAGGGUUGUCCAGUUUCGGGCAUUCAGGUAGAGCGGAACAUGUUUGGCACAAAGCAGAUCACGGCGGUAAAAACGCCCUACGGCACCAUCAAAACAGAGUGCGUUGUUAAUUGUGCCGGAGUGUGGGCGCGCGAGAUUGCCGCCAUGGUCGGUCAGCACAUUCCGUUGGUGCCGAUGAAGCACGCGUACGUGGUGACUGAGGAAGUGCCCGGUGGAGUUAGGACUUUGCCAAAUGUCAGGGAUCACGACUCGUCCGUCUACUUUAGGGUGCAAGGCGACGCCCUCUGUGUUGGAGGAUAUGAGCCAAACCCUAUCAUCCUCGACUCGGUUGCAAAAGAUUUCAUGUUUGGCCUAUAUGAAUUAGACUGGGAUGUUUUCGGCGUCCACGUGCGCGGCGCCGUGCAGCUAGCACCCCUUUUGGAAACUACGGGCAUAAAGUCGACGGUGUGCGGCCCAGAAAGUUUCACUCCCGACCAUAAACCUUUGCUCGGAGAGGACCCGAAAAUUCGCGGCUUCUUUUACGGGUGCGGGUUCAACUCGUCGGGGAUGAUGUUGGGCGGAGGUUGCGGAGAGCAGCUGGCUCAGUGGAUCAUCUACGGCCGGCCCGAAUUGGCCAUGUACGCGUACGACAUUAGACGCUUUAGCCCAGAGCAACGAAAAGCAGUGGCGUGGGCGAAGGAACGCAGUCACGAGAGCUACGCGAAAAACUACAGCAUCGUCUUCCCACACGACGAGCCUCUUGCCGGCAGAAAUUUCAAACAAGGACCCUUCCACAAGGAACUUUUGGAAGAGGGAUGCGUUUUCCAGGAGAGACUCGGCUGGGAACGAGCCGGUUGGUUCACCCUUCGAGGACCUGCCCCUGUGCCAAAGUACGACUGGUACGGCGCUUAUGGCAACUCGAAAAACCCAGCCUCCAAGUACAAAGAAUUACUUCAGGGCGACUACAGCUUUGGUCAUCCCGAGCACCACCACGUGAUUGGCCAGGAAUGCAACGCUUGUCGCAGCCAAGUGGCCCUUUUUGACAUGUCCUACUUUGGAAAACUGUACCUUAGCGGUCCUGAGGCCCAACUGGCGGCCGACUGGCUCUUCACGGCCGACACGCAACGGUCGAUCGGCAGAACCGUUUACACGUGCAGUUUGAACAAGCGAGGCGGCGUCGAGGCCGAUCUGACUGUCAGCGCCAUCGAAACAGGGCACGGUGGACAAGUUGAUCCUAUUUUUAAGGGUCGCGGAUUUUACCUUGCGGUUGGUGGUGCUUCGUCUCAACAUUCUUGGGCCCACAUCAAUUGGGUGCUCAAAGAGAGGCAGUUCAAGGCCCAAGUUUCAGAUCUGAGCGAAGGAAUGGGCCUCUUAUCUAUUCAGGGACCAAACAGCCGAGCACUUCUUCAGAAUCUGGUUGACACUGAUCUGAACAACGACUCUUUUCCCUUCUCAACCACCAAACUAGUCAAAGUUGCUGGUCACCUGUGUCGCGCCAUGAGAAUUAGCUUUGUGGGAGAACUGGGUUGGGAGCUUCACAUCCCGCUCGACUCGUGCAAAAAUGUCUACCGUGCCAUUGUGCACGAGGGAAAGAAACACGGUCUGAGGCACGCCGGUUACCGAGCGAUCGACUCGCUGAGCGCCGAAAAGGGCUUCCAUCUGUGGAACCUGGACCUCCGCUCCGACGACAACCCCCUCGAGGCCGGACUCGGCUUCACGUGCCGCAAAAGUGGCGGCGAUUACUUGGGCCGGGCCACCGUCGAGGAGGCGCGCAAAAAAGGUCUCGCCAAGAAGAGGGUUUUCUUCGAGCUCAAAGAGCAAGUGCCCGUCUGGGGGUUGGAAGCCGUCUAUAGAGACGGCGACGUUGUCGGCUACUUGCGAAGGGGUGAAUUUGGAUUCACGCUCAACGCCAGCGUUGGAUUUGGGUACAUCCGCCGUCCAGACGGUUUGCCGGUGACAAACUCGUUUGUCACAAGUGGCAGGUAUGAGAUCGAGGUGAUGGGUGAGCGCAUUCCGGCGGUGGCUCACUUGAGGAGCCCCUUCGACCCGGCUGGAAAACGAGUGCACGGGGUGUACGACGACUGAUCCCAUGCACGUGUGACGCAGUAGGUUUCGCUGCUGCCGCUUUUUCCAUUGUGUGCAGGCAGAGUGAAAAUUCAGCGCGCCUCCCACGGGAUCUCGACCCGAGGGCUUUAAUUUAAAUGGCAGCAGCUUCAACGCUCGCGGAAUGUGUGUGUAAAUAUUUGCAAGUAAAAACAUCCGUUUCGAAGGCAGCCUGGCUCGCGUUCCCAUGCGAUUUCUAUACCUUGCUAAUGCUUCACUUAUAUUCGGCGGCUCUUCGUCGGUGUGCAGGGAGGCGGAAAAUGGUCCAAAAGUCGAUUUCGUUUCCAGGGUGUUUUCAUUAAAUUCCAACAGUAAAAUAUUGUUUUAGUUUUUUACAACGUUAUUAAAAAAAUACAUUAAUUUCGUAAAUAAUAUGAAAACUGCCUUCAAAGCAUGGGAUAUUUUUGUACGAAGAGAGAUAUCAAAUGUAAUGUUAUAUUUUGAUUUUUUUAUAAUAAAAAGGCUUUUGAAAAAAUAGAACUAGAAUUACAGAUUUUACU